AUGAAUUACAAUGAAAUUAAUGAUAAUACCAUGAUGAACACUAAUGAUUUAAAUCACCCUUCUCAUCUUAAUAAUGAGAAGAAUGAUUUGUCGAAUGAAGAAAAUUAUAUGAAUAUUUAUGAUAACAAUAACGAUAUGAUAAUAGACAAUGAGGGGGAUCAUCAUUUAAAAGAGGAAUAUAAUAAUAUAGAUCAAAGAUCACCAGAAGGUGGGAAUAACAUUAUAUCAGAUAAUAAUGAAAUAUAUAAUAAUAGUAAUAAUAAUAAUAAUAAUAAUAAUAAUAACAAUAUUGUGAAUAGUACAUUUGGCUUAUCCAUUAAUGGUAAUGAAAAUGUAAACAAUAAAGAUAUAAAUAGUUUACAUGAUGAAACACAUAAUAGUAAUAAUGAUGAAAGCUAUGAAAAUUUAGAUGAUUAUAAAGUAAAUAAUAUUAUUCAUAAUGUUAAUAAUCUUAUCAAUAAUGAUGAAUUAUUGAUGAAUAAUAUUAAUAAUGAUAAUAAUAUAAGUGAAGAUUUAUCUUCAUUAAAUUUAAAUAUUACACAAAAUAAUAAUGUUAAUAAUUUAAUUAAUCCAAAUAUAGGAACAAAUAAUAAUAAAAUUAAAAAUAAAAACAAAAAUAAAUUAUUAAAACAUAUGAACAAUAAUAUGAUUAAUGAAACAACAAAUGGUUCCUUUGAAAAUAAUAAAAAAAAUAAUAUCAAUGGAAUUUUUCUUACACAAAAUAAUAAUAUAAUAAAUGAUAUGGGAUAUAACUAUCCCAUAUAUAAUAAUAAUAAUAAUAUAUAUAAUCAUAUGAAUAAUGAAAAUAUGACAUAUAUGUCUAACAAUCAAUUUAUGAAUCCUCAAUUAUAUUAUCCGAAAUUUCUUGCUGAAAAUAAAAACAAAGGAAAAAAUAAAAUAACCCCCAAUACAUACAUAAAUAAUAAUAAUAUGAAUAAUAUGAAUAAUUACAAUUUUAAUAAUAAAUUACCAAAUCUUUUAUACAAAAAUAUCAAUAUAAAUAACAUUGAACAGAAAAAAAAAAAAAAAAUGAUGAAUUUAAAAAAAGAUAAUGCUCAAAUAAGCUCAGUUGAAAGUACCAGUGAAGAUAUGAAUUAUUCUAAUGAAUAUGGUGCUCAAAAAAAACAUGUCGAAUUUAAAGAUACCAAUGAUCCAUUAAUAUUACACCCAUCGACAUCAUAUAUAAGAAAUAUUGUUAUAAAAAAACCUUCAAAUAUUAGAAAUAGUAUUCAUAAUUUAAAUUUAUAUAAUGUUAAUUCGAUGACAUUUGAUUCUUAUUAUACUAAUAAAAAUACAAAUAAUAUAAUUUAUAAAAAUGAAUCUAAUAGUAAUGAUCCAAAUAAUAAUAUUAUUUCAAAUACUGAAGAUACCAACAGUGAACAUAAUAAUAAGGAGACUUUGAUAAAUAAUCCAUCAUUUAGGAUAUAUAAGCCUCCUAUUUUUAUUUCGAAAUAUAUGAAGGAUAUGAAUGAAGAAGAGUUAAAUAAUAUUUAUACUUUAUUGAAUGAUCAAAUAAAAAAAUCGGAAGAAAAUGAUAAGGCAAUAAAUUAUGUUAAAAAUGAAAUAAUAAAUUUAUAUAAACAAAAUCCAAUACAACCUUUAAAUUUACAAAAAUGUUUAUCCUUAAUUAAAGCAAAUAGAAAUAUUAUAGAAGUCAUGUUUUAUAUAUUAGAGAAUAAUAAAUUGAUAAAUAUGCAAUGUGAUCCACAAUAUUAUAAUACUUAUAUAAAUAAUACUAGCUUUUUAAAUUAUCAAACUGUUAAUAGUAUAUAUAAAAAUUCUAAAAAGGAACCAUCAUAUGGGAAUCAUAAGAAUUGCAAAGAAUUUAUGAUUAAUAAUAUGAAUAGUGCAUCAUCUGAUAAUUAUGUUAAUUUAAUAAAUGGGGAUGAUACAAGUAUGAUGGGGGUCCAUGAUGAGGAAAGCACUUCAUCAAAGUUAUGUAACAAAAAAUAUAACCAUAAUAAUUAUAAUAUUAAUAAUAAUAAUAAUAAUAAUAAUAUUAUUAACCGUAAUAGUUGUAGUGGUAAUAUUUAUAAUCUUCAUAAUGAUAUGAACAUUUUAUGUGAUCCUUUAUCAAACAAAUUAGAAUGGAAUAAUAAUGAACAUAUUCCGAACAAGGAAAGUAAAACAUAUAAUAAUAAAAGUUCUAAUUAUUAUAAUAAUUAUAAUUAUAAAUGUAUAAGUUGUGAUAAAAUAUGUGAAAAUUCAUAUUACAUAUUAAAGCCAACAAACAUAAAAAGAAUAUCUUAUGGUGUUAUAGAUAAAUGUAUUUGGUGUAGUAUUUGCUAUAAUUCUAGUAAUUAUCCAAAUAUUCUGAACAGUUCAAAUUUUGUUAAGGUAAAUAUUCCAUGUAAUCUAUCAAAUAAUGAUUGGAAUAUAGAGGAAAUAGAAAAAUUAAUAGAAGGAGUAUGUAAGUUUAAAAAUAAUUGGGAACAAAUUAGUGAUUAUAUACAAACAAAAACACCAUAUGAAUGUAUAUAUAAAUUUAUUUCUAUGCCUUUAUCAAAUCCUUAUUUUGAUUUAAAUAAUUUAUAUGAUAUAAAUAAUAUAUCACUAAAUUCUUAUGAACAAAAUAAUACUCUUCUCUCCUUGUUAUCUUUUAUAUGUAAUAAUAUUAGCCCUUAUGUGGGUGCAUAUGCUGCGAAAAAAAUUGUCGACUAUGUUUUAGAAAAACAAAAAGAAGAAAAUGAAAAGGAAAAAAAAGAACAAAUGAAAGAAAAUGACAAUCAUAGUGCGGAGCAUACAAAUAAAAUAGAUGAUCAUAAUAAAGAAAGUGAUGACCAUAUUAAUCAGAAGGAAGAAGAAGAAGAAAAAAAAAAUAAUAUAAAUGAACAAAAUGAUGAAAAUGUUAAAGAAAUAAAUGAUAAUAAUAUAAAUGAUAAUAAUAUAAAUGAUAAUAAUAUAAAUGAUAACAAUUUAAAUAACAAUGAAAUUAAAAAUGAAGGAAAUGUGGAAAAUAACAUGGAAGUUAAUAAUGUAAAUAAUAAUAACCAAAAUAAUGAUAACAAUUCGGUACCCAACAAUAUUAAUGACUCUAUGAAAAAAAAACCAUCAACAUAUAUUUUAAAAGACGAUGAUAUGAAAAUUAUACAUGAUACAAUUAUUAAAUCUUCCAAAAAAAGGUCAAGAGAAUUAGCUGACCUAGAAGAACAUAAUUUAAAAAAAUUACUUAAGGAACUUGUAUUAUUAAAUACAAGAAAAAUUCAACUAAAAUUAAAACAGCAUGAAUAUCUGCAGAAAUAUUUUGAAUAUCAAAAUGAAUUCAUGGUUAAUAAGGCCAAAAAUGAGAAUCAAACAAAAUAA